CUGUUAAUCAGUCGCUGCCACUGAUAAUAGAGUUAAUCCGAGCUAAUACUUUCAAGAUGUUGACAAUAAAAUCAGCGACUCUUCUAAGCCUCUCUAUUUUCUGCUGCCUUGAAGCUGUCAGGACAGUCGACCAGUAUGGUUUUUCUGUGGAUGGUAUGACGAGUACCGAGCGCAUUAAUUCUGCACUCCGUUGCAUGAACAUCAAUCCACAGAAUUCGGUAGAUCUGGAGCAGAUUAUGGGGCUCUGGUAUGGCAGCGAAAUAAUCUUGCACAGCCAAGACUACCCCGAUGUUUACAAAUACGAUUCAUGCGUGAUUAUACAUCUGGCCGAUGUGACCGAGCAGGUCCGAAACGGCUUCAUCAACAACAACGGCUAUAACAAUCGUGGCUAUGGGCCCGACUACAACAAUAGGCAACAGAACAAUUACAGACGCACACAAUACGGACAGACGACGACGCCCCAGUAUUUGGAUAACGACGAUUACUUGCGCCAGCUCUCCGACGCCGAUCGGAUGAGAUAUUUGCGAUUGGUCUGGAGCGAACGUGAGAAUAAUCUGGAGUAUACGUUCAACUACACGACCAAUGCACCCGGACAUUGGUCUAAUGUAGGCGAUCAGCGUGGCACGCUCGUCCUUCUCAACUCCUACACCCAGUUUACGGGAACGGUGCAGGUUGUAAAGGCUGUCAGCGAUCAUCUGGUGUUGACAUUCUGCGGCAAUGACGUGAAGACCUCCAUUUAUACGGUUGUAUUGACGCGCAACCGCCUGGGUCUCAGUGCGGACGAGCUGCGCAGCAUUCGGAAUUUACUUUCACGUCGAGGUUUAUAUACGGAGAAUAUCCGAAAAGUCUGCAACGGUGCCGGCCACCUGAAAGGCGCUUUUUUCCUUUCCCUGCUCUCUUUGUUCUCAUUAUAUAUCUGGUGGCGUAAAUAAAUUUUCAUGUUACGUCGCAGACAUCGCAUCAAAUUACAAAACGAUCCAGCCAUAUUUAAUGUUAAUUUAUAUGUAUUUGAACGAAUAUUUAAUUAACUUAAGCAUUUAAGUUUACUUGCAAUAUGAACUCCUAACAAAUUGUA